ACCUCUUCUCUUUCUUCUACCAAAAAACACUUUAGUUUACUCAAACAGAGUUUAAUCAAAAGGGCGAUCUGAGAACAACACCAAAUAAUCAUGGCUAAUUGGACGACGAUUCUCUUCCUUCUCGUUGCCGCUGCUUUCUGUCGGAGCUCCUCCGCUGCCACUUAUACCGUUGGCGACGCCUUGGGUUGGACUGUCCCGCCCAAUCCGACCGUCUACUCCGAUUGGGCUUCUACCAAAACUUUUGUAGUCGGAGACAUUCUUGUUUUCAACUUCGCAAGCGGACGACACGACGUAACAGAAGUGACAAAAAGUGCUUCCGAUUCUUGCAAUAGCACCAAUCCCAUCUCCGUGGCGAACAAUAGUCCGGCGAGGAUCACACUCACUUCUGCCGGCGAUCGCCACUUCAUCUGCUCCUUCCCUGGUCAUUGCAGCAAUGGCCAGACGUUGUCCAUCACCGUCACUUCAACAUCAUCUUCUCCUGCACCGCAACCUAGCUCUCGCCCGUCACCCUCCCCCGUCCCCGUCCCCGUCCCCUCUCCCUCCCCUUCUGCUCGAUCGCCUUCUCCGUCACCUAGUUCUACUCCAUCGUCGUCACCUGUUCCAUCGCCUACUCCAUCUCGAGAACCCAUGACGUACAUCGUUGGAGACUCGUUCGGAUGGAACGUCCCUACCAGCCCCACCUUCUAUGACUCGUGGGCUCAGGGAAAAACCUUCGUCGUUGGAGAUGUUCUUGAAUUCAACUUCCUGAUUCAAAGACACGACGUGGCGAAGGUCACAAAGGACAAUUACGCCAGCUGCAGCGGUCAAUCGCCGAUCUCUCUCACCACCAGCCCGCCAGUCAAAAUCACUCUAUCCGAGCCCGGGGAGCAUUUCUUCAUCUGCACAUUCGCCGGCCACUGCAGUUUCGGUCAGAAACUCGCCAUCAACGUCACCGGCGGUACCGCCACACCUCCGUCAUCAAUUGCUUUGCCUCCAUCUGACACCGUCCCUUCAACUCCGUCUCCGACCACCGCUCCUCCGCCUCCCAACGCUGCCGCAUCGCUCCGAGCCUCCGCCUUCUUCGCCACUUUUCUCGCCGUCGCCGUUGCUCUUUUUUAUUAGCCACCGUGGCGUUAAUUAAUUAAUUCGGGUCCGCUAUUUUCGCGCAGAGUUCCUUCUUAUUUUUUUAGUCUCCGUAUUUGUUGGUAGAAAUAUAAAUGAGUAUUUUUUUUAAGAAAUAAAAUAAAAUUAUAGAGCUUUUGUUUA